AUGGCCAAACUCGUGCUCGACGGUGGCAUUGCUCUUGUGACUGGCGCGGCCGCGGGAAUUGGUAAAGAGACAGUGUUUUCAUUUGCGGAAGCUGGCGUGGAAGGCAUUGUCCUGGCCGAUUUGGACAAAAGUGGUGCCGAUGACGCUGCAGUAGAAAGCAAAAAGCUCGCAAGAAAUGCAAAAUUCCGGACUAUAGUAGUCCAAGCCGAUAUAUCCGACGAAGCUGCCGUGAAUGGGAUCGUAGAUGCCGCCAUCAAAGAGUUUGGGAGGAUAGACUACUGCGUUCAUUGCGCUGGUAUGGGGAAUAUUUCUGGUGCUACAACGGAGAAUAUCAAGGUUGACAUUUUUGACAAGACGAUGGCGGUAAAUGUACGGGGUACAAUGCUGGUUGUACAUGCUGUAUCAAAGGCGAUGGCAGGCCAGGAACCACGGACAUAUCACAGCGUUCGUCAUGGGUUAACACGUAGUCUCGGUCGUGGUUCAAUUGUGACUGCUGCCUCGGUAAAUGCGUUUGUUCCAGCACCAGGAAUGCUACCCUACACAUCUUCCAAACAUGCCGUGAUUGGUAUUACCAAGACAGCUGCUCUCGACAACAUAAAGAAUCAGAUUCGCGUAAAUGCCGUGUGCCCAACCUGGACGAAUACGCCGAUGCUGCAAGCCAGCUUAAAGCGGGUUCCUAUACUGGAACAGUCUAUCCAAAAAUUCUCGCCCCUUGGAAGGGCAGCGACAACAGAGGAGGUGGUUGAUUAUAUCAUGUUCUUGUCCAGUCCGUCCGCAAGCUAUAUCAAUGGAACAUGCCUGAUGCUUGAUGCGGGGUUGACUUUGGCGGCACAUGGCGCUGCGAAUAUUUGACAUACGGAAAGAGAGGAUUAGAAACACUGAGUAUCAAC